GAGGCGCCUGAGCGCCCCGGGCCCGGCCCGGCCCCGCGCCCCGCCCCGGCCGGCGGAAGCGGCGGUUGCCGGGGAGCGCGGCCCGGCCGGGCCUUUGGCUGCCGGCGGGUGGACCCAGCCCGGGCCCCAGCCCGGCGAGCUUCCCUGCGGCCUCCCUCGGGGUGCUCUUCUGGCAGAGAUAGGGCUGGAGCCUGCAUUGCUGGAAUGCCAAGCCAGGAUUAAGCUGUGGUCCAGGCAGGGAAAUGAGCAGCUGGCCAGGCUCAGAGAGGUGGUGGCUGGUUUCUGUGGCAGAGGCACAGCAACGGCCAGGAUGUGUGAAGGGCCAUCGAGGAUUUGUGGACCCAUUCCUCCAGACCCUACGCUCUUUCCAAACUAUUACAAACGCCCCUUCUCAGCUCGAGGGAGGCUGGAAGGGAAUGCUCAGAAGCUGGAUUUUACCUCUGGCCCCCUAGGCCCAGUUCCCAACCCAUAUCCCGCUUUGGGCAGUGCCCACGAGAUCCAGCCAGCCCCUCGCAUUCGCCCUAGUGGAAGGGACUUCCUGGAGAAGGGACAGAAGGGGACGCUCAGUCUCUUACUGCAGCUUGAAGGGAUCUCCCUUGAUGGGGGGCUGCCAGUCAAGAGGAAAGAGUCCAAGGACCACGAGAAGGAAAAUGUGAGGCGAAUAAAGGAGAUUCAGAAGAAGUGCAAAGAGAAGGAGCAAGCCCGAGAGCACAGCCAGCCCAAGCCUGUGAAAGCUUUGUGGAAGUCCCAGAAAUAUGAAUACGUGGAGUCAAAGGUGAAGGCCAAACUGCAGGAGAGCUCCCCACCUCCAAAUCCAGAGGCUCUGAAAUUCCUGAGGGCAUAUUCUCGCUGUGGCCCUGGGAUCAAGCCAUGUAGACCACUUUCGCCAAGGCCUGCCAGAACAAAAGCAGGGGCAGAUGCAGAGGCUCCAGAGGCACUGGGUGCUGAAACCAAGAUCCAGGUGGAGGGAAAGAGCAUCGACUUCAUUAAGCACAAUGCCCGCAAUGCCAAGCGGGCCCCACUGCGGCGGUCCCACUCCCUGCAGGCGCUGGCUGAGCUGCUGGAACAGAAGCACCGGGAGCAGGAGGAGUACAACACCAAGCAAAAGGGCCAUGUCCCCCAGUAUCUGCUGGAGAGGAAGGAGCUGUGGUGCAGACAGAUGGAGGAGCGGCUGCGAAACCUGCCAGAUCCUGACACACCACCUGGUCAUACCAUGAUGCCGGAGGGCCAGCGGCUGGAGACCCUCAGCAAUCUGAAGCAAAGCCACGAGCAGCUGAUAAAGGACAUGGUGAUGCUGCCAGUGCGUGCAGACACCCUCAGCAUGCAGCAGAGGCGAGUAGAGCUGGAGAGGAAGCUCUCCCAGAUAGAAGAGGCCAUCAAAAUUUUCACAAGGCCCAAGGUCUUCAUCAAGCUGGACUCCUGAGCCGGUGGGGCUGGGUGUGUUGGGCUGCUAUGUGUGAACAUCCUUCAUUGCUGGAAAGGGCCUAUCAUCGCUUCAGGAGGGAAGGAGAGCAAGGCAAGUUCAGGACCCCAGGCCCACGCAGGUGCCAAUACGGUGUCCAGUGUGCAGCUGGCUUCUCUUGCUCACCCUCCAGUGCUGUGUCUUGUCCCCAGAAAAGGGAGUGAGGUGCCCUAAUAUGCUCUCCGCUCUGUGGUCUGGAGAACAGUUGUCUUUGUGCUGCUUCACUCGCGGAGAUCAGCUCCCUGCUCUGCAUCCAUGGCAUCACCUUUUAUUUUCCUUUUUUUUCCCACUUCUAGAAACUGUUAGGAAGUCUCCCGUGCUGCUGCCUGUGGUGUUCCUUGUACCCCUCUUUCCCCUGAGCUGGCCCAUGGUCAUGGCUCAUUCUGGGCACCUGCAGACCUGUCUGCACAGAAGCCUCGUGCUGUACAUCUGUCAUGCAUGCCCUGCCCCUGAGCAAUGAACCCAUCCUGCUCAUAUAGCCUCUGCACCUUCUGACCUGCUGGCUGGGCUCAGCAGCUCGGGGACAGCUUGGGGAAAGCAAAGAAGUGCAGAGCUUCAGUCCUUCCUGCCCUUUGCUGGCUGCAGGGGGAUCUGGCAGGAUGUCUGGCGAAUCAUUUGCUGUCUGUGGGGGUAGGACAUGCUCCAAUAAAGCAUUGUUUCCCUCUUUCA